CGCACAAACAUACGCCAACAUUCUUUCAUGCGUGUGUGCCGUCAGGGUGUUCUCACCACAGCUUUUUCCUCCCACACACAACCACGAUAGCAGCAGUUGCCUGGACAUUGCCAUACGCGUUUGCUGGUUGUGACAGCUGUCAAGGACACCUCCCGGCCGGCCAAACGAAAAGGCAGACGGGCAAGCCAAACGCUCUUCCACACAAACAACCAGACGCACAACUGCCCGGAGCCCUUCGCUUCUUCCAUUCAUUUUUCACUUUUUUUCCCCAUCAACGACUGCGGCCACAGCAACCACAAAGAAAGGCACAAAGACCGCACCUGAAACCAAACACUUGUGCGCGUUCCUUCCAUCCCGCGUCCUGCACGCCCUUGUUGCUUUCUUGGUCUUGGCGCUGUUUAGCACACCUGACCGACCGGACAGCCCCCCUGUCCAGGAAAACACACACAUACACACACAUACACACACACACACAUACAACAAGCACCACCUGAUACUUGGUCAAGGACUUCCCUCAGCACCCUCCUGUUUUGACGGAUCGCUACCAACCCAAGCAAGACACACACCUACCUGCACAAGGAACCAAAUAAGGAACACCCGCCACAACUGCCGACAAGCAACCGCCACACAGCAGCGGCACACGCCCACCUUCCAUCUCCAACCAAACGUUCCCGAUCGACGGCAACAACCGCGCCCCUCCCCCAUUACAUCUCACGCGCGUUGUGUCCACGUCUCCGUCCAAAGUUGCCGACGACCCCAACAUCCACAUAUCCAUCCACCAAUGAUGGCGACCUUGUUACCGAAUGCGGCUGCCAGCCGGCACCACCAGCGCGGCGCUCACGGCCGCGGCACAGCGUCGCGGAUAACCUCUGUUGCCAUUGCUGCCGCUGUGGCUGUGCUUGCGCUCUGCACCCUGCUGGCGCCCGCCCCUGUUGCAGGCAGGCCCCUUACAGUCAACACCAACGUCGCAGCCGCCAUCAGCGACAACUUCAACACCGUGCAUGUGCAUGCGCCCACUGAUGACCACGCCGCCAGCAGCCGCGAUGGCAUUGCCCGGCGCAGCGCAGACGACGACGACGAUGGCGCGUUCAUGUUCGCCGGUGCCACGCAAGGCGACGACGACGAUGAUGGCGCCGCCUCGUGGUAUCGCAGCGACUACUUCCAGGUGCUCUUCCCCGUCCCCAACCCGAGCGAGCUUGUUGAGACAAACACGCAGAAGACGAACAUCGUCUCCGAGAUUAUCCACUACGCCAACACCUUCAACACAAGCGUGCACUACUGGGCGCUGAGCGACUACUUUGUGAGCACCUUCAAGGACGGCGGCACGGAGGGCAUCCUGUGCUACCUCAUCUUUAACACCACCUCGGAUCUCCUCGCCCUUGUCGACGUGGCCGAGAUGCACGGCAUUGUCGUCCACUUCCGCGGCGUCCCCGUAAACGGCCAGCCCAUCCCCGAAGGCAUGCAGAACCGGGACUGCGAGGUGCGUGGCGACUGUGGCUCCGGCUCUUCGCCCGUCGUCAUCAUCGUGGGUGCCGUUGUCGGCUGCAUCGCCCUCGUUGCGCUGGUGGUUGUUGGCGGCUUCUUCUUCCCCUCGCGCGACGCGGGCAAGGAGGUGGUUCAACGCGAUGAUGAUGAUGAUGACGACACACAGCAACCCGCUCUGCAACUGCAGCAGUUCCAGCAACAGACGCCAAAGGACGUUGGCAUAACCGCCAUUCACCAGUUUGUGCUCCAGAACGAUGUCGGCGGAUUGGAAGACCAUGUUGAGCGCAUGUACAGCGAGGAUAUGUACGAUGUGCGCGAGCUUGUUCCCGGACUGGCGCCAACGGGCCCCUCAGACGGCACCACAUACAUCCCGCCGGCAGCCACCGCAGCGACCAGCACCACGGGCAGCUCCUUCACCGUGGGCGAUGGCAUGAUGGACAACGCCAUGAUGGGCAUGGAUGUGUCGCAGGGUGGCGAACACAAGGGUGCGACGAGGCACAGCCCUUCAUAUCCCUCGUCGUCAGCGUCGUCGCACGUGACAGGCAUGGCCGUGUCGCCGGACUCGCAGCUGAGCGAAGCGCACGGCUCAGACACCACCGCGUCCACCAUGUCCUUCCACCAGCACCGCAAAUACCACCAGCAGCAACAGCUGCAGCUGCAGCAGCAUCAGUACAUGGACACCAGCUCGCAGCACCCGCCAUCGUCACACGGGACGCAGGCAUCCUCGCCCCAGCACUCGUUUGCUGACUCUGCCAGCACACACGCGCACGCGCACGUGCAUGCGCAAGACGUGGAGGUGCCCGUGACGCCAGAGCACAUUCGCCUGCACCGCGAACAGCAGCAGCAGCAGCACGCAACAAGGGAAGUCAACUUUGGGCUGCCGCCCUUUGAACAGCCGGUCGGUGUGGACGACGUGGUCAGCGAUGAAGCCGUGUUUGCGCUGCCAUCAGCGCCCUUCACCCCCUUCCCCAUCAGCGAUGAUGUGCUGGGAACGCGCCAGCACUACGUCUUCCCCGACGAACAACAGCAACAGCAACAGCACCAGCACCAGCACCAGCAGCAGUCGUGCGCACCUGUGCCGACCACGAUGAACAUGGCUGCCCUGCGCCAAAUGCAACAGCACCACGUGCAACAAUACCAGCAACAGCAACAGCAGCAGCAGCCACAGCAACAACAACCGCAGAUGCACACGCAACAACAGAUGGAGGUACAGCAGCCGCCUGCGCACGGGGAGGGCGCGCAACUCCCGCAGGCAACAGACACAUGCCCCGUACAGCCCACGCUGUGCGAGAACCGCGCUGUUGUACCGGCUGUGAAGGAGGAGGAGACGGUCACUGCCGAGAAAGAGACGCCAUUGAAGGGCGUAUCUGUGCAGUCUGUCGUCAGGGGCCAGGCGUUUGACAAGUUUUCUAGUCACGCCCGCGCUACACGCGCGUCCAUCUCCUUUGCGCAGUCUCCACAGGGGAUUCGCAUGCGCACACCGCAGCAGCUGAAGGAGUUGAAUCAGGCGGACGGCACGGGCAUGACGCCGAUUGCAUACGCCGUUCUCUUCCAGUACGUGACCAUCCUGCGCUCGCUCGUUGCGCACGGCGCAGACGUCAACAAGAAGGUGAAGACGUGCCACACGCCGCUGCACCUGGCCACCAUGCAGCAGGGCUGCAACCACGCCAUUGUCGCCAUUCUCCUCGACAACGGCGCAGACCCAAACGCAUUUGACGACUCGCACACCACGCCGCUGGUGUAUGCAUGCCGCAACCAGGACCACAGCCUGGUGCAGCUGCUGCUGCAGCACCAUGCAGAUGUGACGCUUGCGGAUCGCCGUGGGAUGACACCACUCAUGCACGCGGCGGCACGCGGCAACCUGCCCCUCACCACCGCCAUUCUGCAGGCCAACCAAGACACCAUCACCGCCCAGGACAACAGCAACUGGACAGCGCUGCACUGGGCGGCUGCUGUGAGCGCUGUUGACUGCAUGCGAGCGCUGCUGCAGUCGCAGCGCGUCUCUGUUCUCGCCCUCAACAGCGCCGGGGAAUCUCCGCUUCACCUUGCAGCCAAACGCGACGCCCGCGAGAUUGUGGAUCUGCUGGUGCAACGCAUCUCUGAGCAGGACGCCAUCAACGCUCUCAAGGCGCGCACACACGCGGGUCAGACGUGCGAGGAGCUGGCAGAGUCGUGUGGGCAGCUCGGCAUGGCAGAGUACCUUGCAGACCUCCUCUUCCGCCUCACAAACAGCGAUGCCUCCACCACAGCCACGUCUGAGGAUGGCGAGAACCAGGCCCCCAAGCGCGUCAAGAGGGUCAAGUCGACGUCGCAGAUGACGCCCGAGGAGCGCAAGAAGCGGGAGGAGCGACGAGAGGCGCGGCGCGCGUACAUGCAGAAGCGACGCAAGGACGAACGCGAAGAGCUUGAUAAGCUUGAGACGCGCGUGAGCGAGCUGGAGGAGGAGAACAAGUCGCUUGAUGCCGCGCGGGAGCAGCUGCGACGCGAUGCACAGGAACUGCGCGCACUCGCAGACACCAACGCCCACCAGCAGCAGCACAUGUUCUGAGGGUGUGCUUUGUCCGUGUUGGUGUUCGUUUGAGUGUAUGUGUGUGUGUUGUGUUGUGUUUGUGUUUGUGUGAAACAACUUGCGUGUUGUACAACCCCAAGUUGUGUGUCAUCACUUCACCUUGUUACUCGACCUGCUUUCUGUGAAUAUGUGCCUCUAUCCGCUGUGUGUUAGUCUGUUCAACCACCUGUUUUCGCGUGUACUUUUAUUGACCUACAUGCACUGCGCACUUUGCCUGCCUUGUCUCCCGCCUGUUGUUCUCUCUCUCUCUCUCUGACUUAACGCACUGUUGCUGCUUAACUGAUGCGUUGAUGAUUGCUGCUAAUUAAAUAGACUUAUCAUG